AUGGUCAGCAGCACGCCGUCAACUGAAAGCAGCCGAAGUGACAGCAGCAGCUGCAGCAGAGAUGUCAAGCAGCUCAAGGCCCAGCUGUUGCAGGCAGUCAGCAGAUGCAACAACCCGCAGCCGGGGGACAACCAGUUGCAGCUGGAGCAGGACGUAGAGGGCCUGGCGGUGGAGCUUGCGGCAGCCAACCCCACCCCCGAUGCGGCGUUGUCGCCGCUGUUGCUGGGUUCGUGGGCCUUGCUGUUCUCCGGGCGCAGCAGGAGGCUGGCGUCGGCAUCGGCCUUCCCCGCCUCUGGCACUGGGCCUUCGCUGCAGCAGGCGCUGCAGGCGGCCUCGGACUCGCUGUACAGCCUGUUCUACGCAAAUGUGCCGGUGCUGGCGGGGAGUGCGGUGGGGGCAGGUCGCCGCUCCUCGGCCUCCAACACCCAGGUGCUGAGCGCUGGCCGCGUGGACAACAUCGUGGAGACGACGCGCGGGCUGCCACUGCGGCUGUGCGUGUCGGGCAGUGUGGAGGCGGUGCGGCCCGGCACAGGGGACGGCCCCACAUCCUGCGUCGCAGUGCGCUUUGAUAGAUUCACGGCCAAGGUGGCCCAGCUGCCAGAGGCGGCCGCCUCGCUGGCCCUGCUCAAGCCGGUAGGCUACUUGGAUACGCCGUUCCUCGACAGCGAUCUGCGGGUCAGCGUGGGCGACAAAGGCGGGCUGUUUGUGCUACGGCGUGUGCAAUAG